AGCCAUUCUCCUUCUAAUCCUCAAAGAGAUAACACAGAGAGAGAGAGAUGGAGGAUAAAACUCAGGAGGAAGCUUCAACCAUCAACGUUUCAUCCCUUACUUGUAUAGAUCUCACCAACUCUAAUCUUCAUCAAUCAGCUCUUUCUCUUAAACAGGCAUGUCUAGAUUGUGGAUUUUUCUAUGUCACAAAUCAUGGUCUAAGUGAGGAGUUGAGGGACGAGGCUUUUGAGCAAAGUAAGAAGUUCUUUGAUCUUCCUUUGGAGGAGAAGAUGAAAGUCUUGAGAAACGGAAAGCAUCGAGGCUAUUCACCUGUCUUUGAUCAAAUCUUAGAUCCUGAGAAUCAAGUCGAUGGGGAUUACAAAGAAAGUUUUUUCAUUGGAAUCGAAGAUUUGAAAGAUGAUCUGCAUAAUGAUACACCAUUCUAUGGCCCCAACCUGUGGCCUGACCCUGAUGUUUUGCCGGGAUGGCGAGCGACCAUGGAAAAAUAUCAUCAAGAAGCACUGAGGGUUUGUAAGGUUAUUGCUAAAUUAUUGGCAUUGGCGCUCGACUUGGAUGUGAAUUACUUUGAUAAACCAGAAAUACUGGGAAAUCCCAUCGCAGUUAUGCGCUUAGUUCACUACGAAGGGGUGUCUGAUCCCUCGAAAGGAAUAUUUGCAUGCGGGGCACAUACUGAUUUUGGAAUGAUGACUCUCUUAGCAACCGAUAAUGUAAUGGGGCUUCAGAUAUGCAAGGAUAAGGAAGCUAAGCCUAGGAAGUGGGAAUAUGUACCAUCUAUUAAAGGAGCAUAUAUUGUGAAUCUUGGUGACUUGCUAGAGCGUUGGAGCAACGGCAUUUUUAAAUCAACAUUGCAUCGGGUACUUGGGAAUGGACAAGAACGAUAUUCGAUUCCAUUCUUCGUAGAACCGAGUCACGACUGUCUAGUAGAAUGUCUUCCUACUUGUCAGUCAGAAAACAACCUUCCCAAAUAUCCAGCUAUCAAAUGUUCAACGUACCUCACCCAACGUUACGAGCAGUCACAUGUGGAUUUGAGCAUCUACAAACACACUUAAGUGGAGUUUAUGGAAAAACAGACUUAAGUGCAUGGGAUGCACCACCGCCAUAUAUGUAUCAUUAACGUUUGGAUUUUGGUGUGUUUAUCUUUUUAUACGCAUUUUGCAUAAAUUACUAAAUAAUAAAAUUAAUGUUUGAAAAAUAUUUGGGUAUUUUGUAACUUAAUAGAAAAAGACAUUUGUUCACA